CCUGCCCCGCGCUCAUCCACUGUGUAGAAUUAAAACCUCUCCAAAGUAUAUGGUCAAAAGCAACAGUCAUCUGAAUUGUGACUGGUUCACUGAUAGUCCGAGGAAAAACUAGAGAUCACUACUCCAGCAUAAGCCCCAGUUUCCUGAUUGUUAGAAGAUGCUUGAUAUAAAGGCUUGGGCUGAAUAUGUUGUGGAGUGGGCUGCAAAGGACCCCUACGGCUUCCUUACAACCGUCAUCUUGGCCCUCACACCACUCUUUCUAGCUAGUGCUGUACUGUCCUGGAAACUGGCCAAGAUGAUUGAAGCCAGAGAGAAGGAGCAAAAGAAGAAACAAAAACGUCAAGAAAACAUUGCAAAAGCUAAACGACUAAAAAAGGACUGAAGGUGAACAGACUCUGCAACUGGACAAAACCGUCUGGGAAAUCUGCAGCUCUGGAAGGACGCACUAAGGUUCCAGUCGAUUUUGUGAUAGUAUUAUACAGUAAAUUAAAUCUGACCGUAUAGAAGAGUCAUGUUCUGACCUCAAUACUGUAGUAACUUUUAGUUUUGGAAAUAGAAGCUUGCUGGAACCCAGUGACAGGUAUUUAAGUUAGCAUUUACCAUACAGGUGGAGCAUACCUAAUGUGAAAAUUCAAAACUCAAAGCACUGUAAAAUCUAACACCUGUGUUCAGACACCAUGCCAAGAGUGGAAAAUUCAACACCCUAUUUUCUGAUGGGUUGCAGUCAAAAUACAGGUGCGCUCAAAAUCCAUAAAAUUAUCAUCAAACCAGGUGAAAUAUAAAUUAGCCUUGUGUUUGGAUUUGGAUCCCAUCCUCAAGGUAUUAUGAAAUACUCUAAAAUCUGAAAAAUACAAAUAAAAUGUUACUGGUCCCAA